CUCACACACAAUCUCUCCCGCAGAGAGAAACUACAAUAUUUUCAACAAGGAGUUGCUGGCAAUUAAAAGAGCCUUUCAGGAAUGGAGGCAAUGGCUGGAAGGGGCAAGCUUUCCUGUGCGGGUGUGCACAGACCAUAAGAACUUGGAAGUGAUGCAGAGCUCGCAAUCUCUCACUCCUCGGCAAGUAUGGUGGAGUCAGUUUUUUUCACAUUUUGACUUUUAUAUUACAUAUCUUCCAGGAUCACGUAACCUGUUGCCAGACGCGCUUUCACGGAAGCUGGAGUACGUUCCCGAGCAACCGCUGCCGCUGCGUGCCACGCAGCCUUGCAACUUUAAAGACUUGGGCAGCGCAGGGGAGGCGGUGGGAGCUAUUCAGCAGGCUGAGGACUUACUGGUGAGGGUAAAGGCACAACAGUUGCAAGACUCUUUUGCAAGGCUCAGAUGGAUGGCCUCCAGGGUGCCCGGCAGGGCGCAGAUUCCCCUUUUUCAAUGGAAGGGGGGCAACUCCGGCACGGGGUAGGUUAUAUGUUCCUUUGUCUCUGCGGGAGGAGGUCUUGCAGCUUUGCCAUGAUAAUGAGACAACAGGCCAUGGGGGCAUUUUUAAAACUCUGCACAGGAUUCUGAGAGACUAUUGGUGGCCAAAGAUGGCUGCAAACAUUAGAGAUUAUGUUGCAUCUUGCCACGUUUGCAGGCGGGCUAAGCCUUUCCAUGGGAGGCCCGCUGGGCUGUUGCAGCCUUUAGACACCUCUCCUAAGCCUUGGGAUACAGUGUCAAUGGACUUUAUUACUGAUUUGCCUCCAGGGAAAGGUUGUACAUCUAUUCUGGUCGUUGUGGACCUAUUUACUAAAAUGGCUUGUUUUAUACCGUGCAAGGGGCUGCCUUCAGCUCAGGUCACAGCACAGCUCUUUUUGGAUCACGUGUUCUGAUUCAGAGGAAUGGUUAAUAGGGUAAUAAGUGACAGAGGCAGUCAGUUCUCUUCUAAAUUCUGGAGGGCUCUUUUUGGGCUGUUGAAGGUCCGCAUCAACAUGCCUUCUGCGCACCAUCCGGCUACCAAUGGAGAGGCGGAGAGGACCCACCAGGUGUUGCAGCAGUAUGUGUGGUGCUACACCACAUACAGCCAAGACAAUUGGACUGCACUUCUUCCCUUGGCAGAGUUCUCCUGUAACAAUUCGGUGCAUUCAUCGAUUGGGAUGUCCCCUUUUCAGGCAUUGUACGAGCUGCCACCUUCAGUGAAGGUCCAUCUGGUCUUUCACCACUCCUUGCUACUUAAGGAGGCUCCACCAAGUCCCUUGAGAAUGCAGCUUUCCCCACCCCCUCCGGCUGUAGUCAAAGGAGAAGAAGAAUACGAGGUGGAGGCGAUUUUGGACUCUCGCAGGAGAGGAAAGGGACUUCAAUAUCUGGUUCAUUGGAAGGGCUAUCCUGAAGCGGAGCAUUCUUGGGAGAAUGCAAGGAAUGUCCACGCCCCAGAGCUGGUCAUUGACUUCCAUAGAUGUUUCCCCAGCAAGCCAAAGCCUCCCGGCACGCCAGCGGUUAAUCAGCAGGCAGAGGGUGGUGACAGCUCACUAGAGGAAGAUUUGGUGGGGGCUUUAGGGGAGGGGAGGGCUGAAGCAAGCAGCCUGCAACCCUCCACUUCCAGUUUGCAUUUUGUAGGGGGGAGGGGGCUGAUUUUACUAAUGAUGUAGCUGUUUUGCAGGAUCCAUUAGAUGGAUUGCGGAAGGAGCCAGGAGACACAGACAGACCAUCAUCACCUGCUCUUUCAUCUCUGCCGCCACUGCCCAGUUCUCAUGAGAACAGAGGGAGAGGAUGAAGGUGGAGGAAGGGGUGAUGUGAUAGAAUGGAAUGAGAGGGGUCAAGGACAGAAGCAUCUCCUCAGCCCACAGCAUGAGCAUGGGAAAGUGAAGAAGAUGAGAC